UGGCGAGAAUUAGCAAAAGAGAUACCUGGACGGUCUAACAAGGACUGUCGCCGCCGUUGGUGGAAUAGCUUGGCCGAAGGUAAAUCAAAAGGUGUGUGGUCGGAGGAGGAAGAUGAGCAGCUGAUGCAAGCGGUAAAGAAAUAUGGAACAGAUUGGAGAAGAGUCGCCCAGGAAGUUAUAUCGAGAACACCCGAUCAGUGCUCGAGCCAUUGGAGCCAGGUACUCGAUCCAGAGAUAAAUCACUGCGACUAUACAAGUCAGGAGGACGAGUUACUCCUGCAUGAAGUACUGAGCCACGGUACCAACUGGAGCGCUAUCUCUACGUCCCACGUACCCCGAAGAACCACGCUAUCGUUGAAAAACCGCUAC